GCCAUGGAUUCCUGGGUCACAUGCGUGGGUUUCCUGUAGCCAGAAGCAGCAGAAGAUGCUUGGACCAAAAAUCCACAGCCAUUUUCAUUGAAGAAAACGCGAGGAUUGGCUGUGUGGCCCGACUGCACCUCCAUCUGCACCUGACAGCCUACAGCCCGCUUCUUGGAAUCUGCAUAAACCGCUUUUGUCCACAUUGAUAGACUGGGACCAGGAAUGAGUAUAGAAAUCCCUGAAGGACUGACGGAGCUGUUACAGAGCUUUACCGUGGAAGUGUUGAGGAACCAGCCCAGGGAUUUGCUCGAGUUCGCGCUACAAUACUUCACACAGCUGAAGGACAGAGAGACCAAAGAGGCCUCGUUUGGCAAUGACCAAAAUUCGGCCCCAAGACCAGGAAAAGCUGUCAAUUUCAUUGACGAAGCGAUGCAGAUUGAUUCUGAAAAUGGAGAGGAGGACGACGAAGAUGACGAGGAAUUCAUAGCUCCAGUGAUCAACAGAUACAUCAGAAGAGCUUCAGUGUGUGCUGAAGCGUUCAAUCCAGAUGAAGAUGAUGAGGACCGAGAGCCAAGGGUCACACAUCCAAAAACAGACGAGCAGAGACAGAGGCUACAGGAAGCGUGUAGGGACAUUCUUCUAUUCAAGAAUCUGGAACAGGAGGAGAUGUCUCAGGUUCUUGACGCCAUGUUUGAGAAACUUUGCACAGAGGGAGAACACAUCAUAGAUCAAGAUGACGAUGGAGAUAAUUUUUAUGUAAUUCAAAGUGGUAUGUUUAACAUUUUUGUGAAAGUGGAUGGUGCAGAGAAGCUGGUUGGCUCCUAUGACAACAGGGGCAGCUUUGGUGAACUGGCACUGAUGUACAACACUCCCAGAGCAGCCACCAUCGUGGCCACCUGCCCUGGAGCGCUGUGGUGCUUGGAUCGUCUCACAUUCAGGAGGAUAAUAGUAAAAAAUAAUGCAAAGAAAAGGAAGAUGUAUGAAGCCUUUAUUGAAACACUACCCCUGCUCACAUCUUUGGAGCUGUCAGAGAGGAUGAAGGUUGUAGAUGUUCUUUCCACAAGAGUCUAUAAUGACACACAGCAGAUAAUUGCUCAGGGUGAUUUAGCCGAUUGUUUCUACAUUGUGGAGUCUGGCCAAGUUAGAAUCACAAUGAAGAGAAGCCGGACAAAAAAGGAGCAGGAGGAGGAGGAGGUGGAGAUCGCUACAUGCACCAGGGGGCAGUACUUUGGAGAGUUAGCGCUGGUCACAAACAAACCUCGAGCGGCCUCAGCAUAUGCAGUGGGAAAUGUCAAAUGUCUAGUGAUGGAUGUUAAGGCAUUUGAGCGGUUGCUGGGCCCGUGCAUGGACAUCAUGAAGAGGAACAUACAAAACUACGAGGAGCAGCUGGUGGCACUGUUUGGAAGUAGCACUGACAUCGAACAAAGUGCAUGAGGUUUCUUUAAUGGACAAUGCAUCAUGGGAAAAAAGGCUUCUGUGGAACUACUUUAAGAGCUUUUCUAACAAGAAAUGUGAAUAUUUAGUAUGACAUGCGAUCUAUGAAGCACUGUAUGUAACUUUAAAUCUGAAAUCUAAAUUUGAACAGCAUUUGCCACAGUGUUAAGCCAAAGCCGAGGUGCUCAAAGAGUGAAUUAGAUUUCUCACAAAGUCUCACCUAAAAGUGUGUUAAUGUGCAUUUGUUGACAGUAUUAGCCGUAUUAUUUGUUUAUAUCCCGCCCUCUUCCCCCACUGACACACAGCAUUUAAAACGUUGUAAAUUUCCAAACAUGUAUUCAAAUCAGAUGCCAAAGCUAAUUUCUUAUCACUAUUGUGUGAGCAAAUGUGACACUUUCUCUUUGUGUUCUUUGGGGAGCACUGACACCUGCAGUGUACGGUGCACAUUUAAUUAGAAAACUUCCAUGUUUGUGCACAUAUGGCUACUUUCACUAUUUUUUUUUCUUUUUUUAAAGACUGAAUCUCUUAAGUAUUAUUCAUGAACUGUAAAUCACUGUUGGUUGGUUGGUGUUUGUGGCUGUUAGCCUAAUACUAUGCUUUUUCAGAAAAAAAUACAGACCUUUAGCUGACAAAUUUGUAAGAUCAUACAAACAUAUGUGUGCAUUUUAAAUUGAGUAGCUUAUUUACUGUUCUUCUUGGCCCAUCUUUCAUUUGAUAUUGCCUAAUAGACUAGUCAUAAUGAGCAGCGUUACUUGAACUAUAUUUUCUGUGUUUUACUGUAAACUUAAGACAUGCUUUUUGUGUUUGUGAAACAUACAAUGAUUAUCAAUUACUGCUACCUCUACUUCCAUUAAAUAUGGAUAGGAAAAUAAUGUUCCCAGUUAACAAGAGCAAACUGGAUAAUCAUUCACCCCAUUUUUAUUUCAAACUGAGUAACUGGAUAAUCAAAGCCCUGUCAUUUAUUUAUACAUAGGCCUAUUUUAUUUAUUUUUGUGCAAAGUGUGCUGGCUUUUUGAAAGUAUACCCAUCUUAAUGGCUAAACAAACUGUAUGUUUCACUUUUCAUGUCAUUAAAGAUCUUUUUUAGUCA